AUGGAGCACACCGCAUCGCCGUCACCGGCACCUUCGUUUCCCGGUGGCCACCCGGCACCGGUGAACGACAUGAUGCACUACCCCAACUCUCUGGCCUCGCAGUCGGUCUCCAGAUAUGGUAGUCCCAUGCCCGGCCCUCAGUACGACAUGCGACGCCUGACUCCAGUGACUCCGGAAAGUUUCUCGAGUUCCGUCUCGUACGCCACGCCGUUCAGCCAGGAAUCCAGUGCGUAUGGUCCAAUGCCAGACGAUCUGCACCCUGGAGUAAGUUUUGAGCCCCAGACCUAUGAUCAUGUGCCUAUCGUCCCUAGGUCCAGGUCGGAUGAGUCCGAUGAAGAAGUCCUGUCUACAAUUUAUGUACUGACGGAGUAUGACGACGAGCAGUUUUUUGGUAACCAAUACGUCACGGACGCCAGCUCUCCUCCCACCCCGACCGCUUCCAAGCCGUCUAAUGGACGGACUCUGAGAAGCGGCACCAGUAGGAAGAACAACGGCGGCCAGAAGAUGGCGGGUGUCGUGUCGGGCCGCGUGAGGAAGGCCGCACCCAAGAAGAAGACGAGGCGGAGCGCCGCGGACAACGUCACCCAGCUCGAGACGCCCCUGAGCCAGCUCAAGGGCCCGCAGGUCGACCGCGCGCCCGUCGCCGACAUCGCGACGUACGUCAACCGCUCGCUGGAGGACCGGCGAGAGGAGAUCAUGAAGGGCAAGAUGCCGGGCAAGAUCAAGCGGCCCAUGAACGCCUUCAUGCUGUACCGCAAGGCGUACCAGAACCGCGCCAAGCAGUGGUGCCUGCACAACAACCACCAGGUCGUCUCGCGGGUCUGCGGCCAGAGCUGGCCGCUGGAGCCGGACCAGGUGCGCCAGCAGUUCAACAAGUGGGCCAUCAUCGAGCGGACGAACCACCAGAAGGCGCACCCGGACUACAAGUUCACCCCGGCCAAGCCCAGGAAGAAGGACGACGACGACGACGAUCGGGACUUUCAGUACGGGGCGGGGCGGGACGAGGAGCGCUUCGACUGGGCGUCUGGCGGCUCCCGCUCCGUGUCCCGGUCCCAGACGCAGACGCCGCUCGGAGAGUCGGACUCGGACUACCAGCCCCCGAGGUCGCUGGCCUACCAGUACACGCAGGGCCAGAACCACCUCUCCGUGCCCGGCGCGCAGUACCCCACGCCCGCGAGCUCGCUUCCCCCGAGCCAGUACGACGCGAUGUACAUGCAGCACAGCCAGCCGUACUACCAGACCGCCGCCGCCGGCCCCGUGCAAGGCCACCACUCGCAGCUGCCGGACUCAUACCUCGACGCCGAGUGCGGCUCCCCGAGCAUGGCCUUCCGCGACCUCGGCGGCCUCGUGCCGCACGGCCUGCCGUCGGGGCCCCUGGUGGCAGACUACCAGAUCGACCCGGCGCUGGCGCCGAGCGCCGAGUACCACGACGCCUUCUACCCGAGCAUGGGCGAGAGCAUCCUCGACCCGGCCCUGUCCGGCGGCGGAGGCGCAUACCCGGACCCGACGGGCUACGAGACCAACCCGAUGUUUGCGCCCGACGGCAUGCACAGCAUGCUGGCCGGCGGCGGGGCGGACGGCUGGCAGAUCGAGACGGAGGGCGCGCAGGCCGAGGACUGGCAGGGCGGCGGCGCGGAGCACUAG